AUGGCUUCGGAGGAAGUGAGCGGCAAGCGAGAACAGAUAAAACUUCCUCUUUUGCCCGACUAUAUAGUAAAUUUCGUGGAUUUCAAACGCGAAAUGGUAAGAUUGGAUUAUACAGCUGAACAAUUACGGCGGGCGUGCCAAGAAGUCGAGGAAAGACGGAGAAAAAUGAGAGACCGUCUCAGACGGGAAUCCGACGACGUAGCUGCACGAGCUCACGCGUGUCAUCAACGUCAACUACGAGACGACCAAGAAACGCUCGAGUUACAAAAAAGGGGUAGGCUCAUGGCUGAACGUAGACGAAUACUAGAAGCCGAACUCCAAACCAGUCGAAUGCUUUAUCAGGAAUUGAUUCGCAAGCGGGCAAAACUAAAACAUUGGCUUGACGGUCUUGAAGAGCAUCGAUCUUUUCUCAGUGAAAUUAUAUCACACAAAGUUUCACCACGAACUCCGAGAAGCGCACGACAGUCCAGGUCGACCUCAACGUCAAGGGAUGAGGAAGACAAGAUCGUGGAAGUGAUGCAAAAUCCUAUUUUGAUUCGUUGCCGCUUGGCUCACAAGGAACGCAAUGUUAUCGCCCAAUCACGUAUGGUUUUCCAAGCGUGUCAACUGAUGGAUCGCUGUUGCGGCUCCGCAAUCGAAAAGAAUGAAAGCAAUGUUGGCAGGGAGAAUUUGGAAAUGAUAACGCCUUCUUCUCGAUUGAAUUUCAAUAGAGGAGGGGGAUUGCAAUCUGGUUUAAAUGACCAAAUAUUUGCCAUGAUUCAUCGCAUGUACAAACAAUUCAUCGCUCCCAAAAGUAGCAGUUGUGAUCCGUUAGGUAAUUUGGCCGCUCUGGAACGUUACGCUUACUACGUAUUGCAAAUGGUUGAUGCUUGCGAUCCUGCCAUGCUCAAGAAAAUCAUUGCCAAAGUAGUAAUUGACAAGAAAAAAACUAUGGAACAAGAGAAAGCAAAGCGGGAAGCAGCUCAUCGGGCUGAGCGUGAACGUAAAGCGCAGGCCAACGCCAUGUCGGCUCCGUCGCAAUUUAGGAGAGUAACAGUCGUCAACCGUAAUCUAUUGCGAGGCAUUACACGAUUUGCAGCGCCACGCGGAAAACUCACUACUGAUUCUCAGGAGGAAGUCGAAAUUGCUCCAGAUGAUGAGCUUCUCUAUCUCUUCCGGCUGCAACUGUGA